GCCUUGCCGCUUACUCCUGGAUCUCUGCCGAUGAUCGCCCGCCAGUCGCUUACUGGGAGGCUGGUGGCGUGCAUCGUGCCGUUCCGGAGGAGCUGGUGUAGGUGCCAGAGUAACGUCCAACAAGGAGGAGGCCCUGGAGACCUGCAGCCCGCGGAGCUGAGGAGGAUGCAAUGAUACCCGGUUUGAGAAUGGUCAAGAGCGGUGCUGCGAUAGUCAAGGUCGAAUGGGUCCUGUGCCUCCUCUUCUGUACAACCGUGACGACAGUCCUGACAGCGUCCUGCCCGUCCCUCAAGUCGAAGACUGUGCUGGUGAGCUGCGUCUCGAAGGGCAGCCCCUUCAACUGCACGGAGCAGCCGUCCCCGCCAGGCACCGUCGCCACCUUCCGCUGCAAGCACCUGCACCAGUUCCUGUUCGGCUACCUGCCACCCACCGGCUAUGAGUCCCGCUGUGGGGAUGACGGCGAGUGGAGCGUGCAACCCUUCCGAUGCGUCCCAGUAUGUGGCCGACCGACUGGCAAGCCGACGGCGUUCGUGCGCGACGGCGAGAAGGUGUCCUCGGCGGCGGACUACCCUUGGCACGUGACCAUCUACGACGUGACCCUGGACAUGAGGCAGAUCUGCGGGGGCUCGCUCAUCACGGCCAAGUUCUUCGUGUCCGCCGCGCACUGCUUUCACGACAACGUCGCCAAGCCGCUUCCCCCAGAGCGAUACGUCGCGGCCUUCGCGAGGACCAAGCGCGACGUCACGAUAGAUGAGCCUAACGUGCAGUACAGGCAGCUGGCCAAGAUCCACAUGAAGGAUUACGGCGCCAAGAAGCUGCAGUACGCCAAUGACAUCUCGCUCGUGGAGCUGGACAACGAGGUCGACGUGACGGCCUGGACGCUGCCCGUGUGCGUCGACUGGGGCCUGGAGCUGUCCGACCUCCGCCACGGCCAGGAGGGCACGGUGGUGGGUUUCGGCUACACAGCCGAUGUGGCGAGCGACGAACUUAGGUUCGCCAAGCUGCCCUUCAUCCGAGGCGAGGAGUGCAGAAAGCAAGUCACGGACAAGCUCGCCAUCUUCUCCCACCUGCCGGACAAGUUUUGCGUCGGCUUCGUCAACAGCACGUCGGUGGCCCCCGGGGACAGCGGUGGCGGCAUGGCCUUCCCGUCCGACGACCGCAUCUGGUACCUCCGCGGCGUGGUGUCGGUCGGAAGCUCUUUGGAGACAACCGUAUCGUACUUUACCAAUGUCACCGCCUUCGUGCCGUGGAUCUCCAGUGUCAUCCAGGAGGGCGAGGUGACAGGUCGGCGCUGCGGCGUGGACGUCACCGAGUCCAGCGUGGUGGACGGAGCCAAGGUGGGCCGCAAGGACUUCCCUUGGGAGGUGGAGGUCUACUACAAGCGAGCCUCGAACCGCAACUUCGAGAGGCUGUGGUCCGCCGUGCUGGUGCAGCCCAACCUCGCCAUUACGACCGUGUUACAGGAGGUCCGUCCAGGUCGACAGAUAGACAUGUCGGAAUACCCAACUCCGUGGCUCCGGGUGGUGUCUCGACGAAACACGAACUCUUUUGACAUAUCUGACGCUGCCAAUGUCAGUGAGGUAGUCCGCGCCUUCUAUCCAGACGACGUUUUUAUAAACUCUGCCCUGGUCUACAACUUUAUCCUGCUCGAGCUGAAGCAGCCCAUAAACGUGAUGCCCGUCUGCUUGGACUGGGCGGGAGCUGCGCUCAUUCAAAACCGUCAGAUUGGGACGACCAUCCAGGAGGCCCCGGGCUCCAACGCCCCGGUGUGGCGGCGGUACCCGCUCGUGGGGCCGGCGCGGUGCAGCGCGAUGCUGGAGUUCGCGAGCGAGAACCAGAACAUCUGCGUGGAGAGCGCCGGCGCCGAGGAGCCGCCGCUGCACCAGAGCCUGCUGGUCAACGUGGACAACACCUGGUUCCUGCGGGGCGUGAUGUCUGCGUUCCGCGAGCGCUCCGCCACCGGGUACACGAUCCAGUACACGGACAUGGGCGACCCGGGCGUCAUCAAGUGGCUCGCCAAGACCAGAGACUCUCUCGGCAAGCCCACCUGCGGCAACAUCAACCUGUGCGAGCCGCUGUCCGCCGGGAUGGCGCUGCCCGGCCACUUCCCGUGGAACGUCGCCGUGGUGGUGGACGAGGGCGGCAAGAGCGUGGUCCGGGGCUCGGGGCUGCUCAUACAGGCGAACGCCGUCCUAACAGACGUGGCCCACAUCAUGAACGAGACGGGCGUCAACACGAAGCAGGGCCUGCCAUUCGUCUCGCCCGAGAGCAUCUCGAUCCUGUGGACGGACGACGAGGGCACCGCCAUGCGCAGCGGCGUGGUGCGGCUGGAGGUGCGCGACGGCCCGCCGGGCGGCAUCCGCUACGUCGUGGCCCUCCUGGAGGUGGACCCCAAGGAGUCCAUCUACGCGACCCCCGUGUGCCUCGACCUGAGCGGCACGAUGCUCGAGCAGCUCGGCCCCGGCCACCUGGGGGUGGUGGAGGCGUGGCGGCGCUGGGCGCCGGCCAACCACACCCUGGUGGCCUCGGAGUACAGGGGGCGCACCGACUGCUACGCGAGGCUGCAGGAGACCAGCAGGCCGCCCGAGUACACGGCCCGCACCCAGUUCUGCACCUCCGCCGACAGGGAGAUCGUAGGUACAGUGAGCAGCUCUGAGCCUUCCCGCUGCCGCGCUGUCGCCAAUCAAACUAUUUUAUUCAGUACCUUGGGGAUUAUCCACAAAGUACGUCCGUGAUUCGCUGUUCCGAAACCACUAAGUUCAGCGUGUGCUAGCUCUCGGAGCGCCUGGUGGGUAGGCAACUUCUCGUAUGUUGUGCAUGUGUGUUCUGCGGGCUGGCCUACCUUGAGCCUCGCAGGGGCUCAUUUCCCAUUUUUCGCUGAACGAAUCUUAGAAAAAUAGGACGUACUUUCUGGAUGGUGCCUUGCGCGACGUCCUGUUUGUGGCCACAUUAAAGGUGCCGGGAAGAUCCUUUCCUCCGGCAAUAUGUCACAACCGACGCCCCAAUAAGCCAACGCCCCUUCUGUAACUAAACAAUUAGCUACGAUCGAAACGACCGGAUGCAGCUUCAUCCGAACCGAAACUGUCGGCCCUGAGAUCGACUACCGACCGAGGCAAACUUUUUUUUUUUUUGUCGCUUCUCGUCUCCCGUGAGGCAGGACUGAUUUCCGAACUCGAACCGGGCAGGGC